CGUGCCACGAAAUAUCAAAUAUGCGACACAACGAGAUUCGGAUCAGACGUGGCUGCUGGACAAACUCGCUCUCACUCGCUGUUGGAGAAAUUAAGUCGCUCAUAAAUACUACAGCAACUGUGUGUACACAUGUAUGAGGCGGACGGAUAAAUGAGUGAAGGACGGACAAACGAUCCCAUUGAAAGUAUUAAAGCGAGAUAUUUGUGUCAUUAACAAGAUUCUCGUUAACGCUCUCAUUCUUUAUCGCCACCUGAUGAGAUGUAUACAAAGAUCAUCGCGGCUGCAGAUGGUGGCGAACUUGUGAGUGCUUUGUUUUGCUGAGACAAUGUCAGAAGAUAACUUGCCACAUAUUUCAUAUGGGCUUGAUAGCCGUGGAAGAAUAGUCCGUAUUGAGUCUGGUAUAACUAGGGCGAACAUCAGACGUCUUCCAAGUAUAGAAGAAGCUCUAAGAAGAUUCAGCACAAACCUGAGAGUCGAUAGACAAGUCAAUGAUUCUAAUGCUGGAACUUCUGAUCUCCAAGCAAGAGUGAUAUCAUCAGAAGAGGAAACUUCUCAGAAUGUAUCUGAAGAUAUAACAGAUCGUGAAUUAUCUGUUGACAUCACUGAUGGCGUGUCUUCUCCAAAUCAAACCACAUCUAGCAUGAGAUCAUUAAGCAUGGACGAAGAUAAGCGAUAUUGUUGGGUAUGCUUCGCAACAGAUGAGGAUGAUGCUACUGCAUCAUGGGUUAAGCCAUGCCACUGUAGAGGCACUACGAAAUGGGUUCAUCAAGGUUGUAUACAGAGAUGGGUCGACGAGAAACAAAAAGGUCAUGCUGAACAUGCUGUGGCCUGUCCACAAUGUAAUACGGAAUACAUUAUAGUUUAUCCAAAUAUGGGUCCACUAGUGGUGAUACUCGACACGAUCGACACUGUUAUUUUUCGAGUAUGUCCUUUUAUCGCCGCUGGUAUUGUUGUCGGAUCCAUAUAUUGGACUGCUGUAACUUAUGGCGCAGUAACUGUUAUGCAAGUGGUGGGUCAUAAAGACGGCCUUACCAUGAUGGAACAAGCGGAUCCUUUGGUUCUACUUGUCGGCUUACCGACUAUUCCAAUUAUGUUGGUUCUAGGAAAGAUGCUUAGAUGGGAAGAUCAGGCCCUCAGCUUUUUGAGACGGCAUGCCUGUAAAGUUCCUAUCUUGAGGCACUUCUUACCGAGUAGUUAUUCCAGCGAGGACACAAUACAAUCUGAAGAUAUACCACCGAUGAACGAUCCUGUGUCCGCGACUCGUGUCCUUUGCGGUGCGCUUUUGUUGCCAACUAUCGCCAGUAUAUGCGGAAAGUUAUUCUUUGAAAGUAUAAGCUCCAAUUUUCAGAGAACACUACUUGGCGGUGCGGCGUUUUUAACGAUAAAGGGUGCGUUCAAGAUUUAUCACAAGCAACAACAAUACAUGAGGCAAUGCCAGCGUCGCGUAAUGGAUUAUACAGAGAAUAAUGUAGCGCUGUACAAGAGGCAGCAAAACUCCGAGAGCGAUCAGACAAGCUAA